AUGAUUGUAGAAGUACAACAUGUCAUCACAGGCUUUGCAUUGCAUUUACAGUAUCUCAUGAGUGCUUCCCCCGUGGCCGCCUAUGGAAACUGGCUUGAGGGAGGUGAACCUUGCCAGUCCAACCUCAUCGGCAACAUCGCCUAUAAUUGGAAAUGCUGGGGGAGCGGAAAUGUCCCAUCAACGCAGCGAGAGAGGCAGGUUGUGGGCUCUUUGGGGAGGGGGACUGCUGGGACACAGGAUGGGAACGGGAGCUACUCGUCCCGCCUGCGCUCUGGCAGCCACCAGCCUGGAAUGCAGCUUGUGGGCGGGGGAGUGUUUCAUUUGGACAACCUGAAGGAGGAGUGUGCUUGGGGGUUUGCUAAGGAAAUCUCUAGUCGUUUCAGAGCGCUCAGUAGUCUGAACAACCCUGUACUUCUGUGGCACACCUUCAAGCAUCUUGACUUUGCCAAUGAUGUUGCUAUUCUGUCUGAGUGUUUGGAAACCUUCGUGGUGGCUCUUGAUGCAUUUAGUAAUGAAGCAAAGUCCUUGGGUCUGGAGUCUCAGAAUUGUCUGAGAACUUUUGUGGAUACCGGCCCAAGGGUAUGUAAAUGGGAUGGUGUUGCGGACAGAGCAGAUGAGCAGCCUCUUGCUCUGACUCUCUUGUGGCAUGACAACCAAGAACAGUUUAACCAGGCAAAAGAACUUGUAGUGAAUCUAGCUCAGACAGUCAUAGUGGAAAUGCAGCAGCAGUUACAACAGCAGCAGCAGCAGCAACAACAACAACAGCAGCAGCAACAUCAGCAAUUACAGCAGCCAGCCCCAUUGUUUACUCAGCCUCCUCCUCAGCAGCCGGAUCUAGCUUUAGGUGGAGGUGGUGCUAUUGGCCAGCCCCACAUUGGGCCUGUACAAGUUGCCCCACACCAGCUCUCAGCCCCACAGCCACCACCCCCACAGAUGGUACAUUCUCAGAUGGUGCCUCCACAAGUCCCUCCCCAUUCUCAGAUGGUUCCCCCGCAUGUGGGCCACCAUCAAAUUGCUCCAGCAGGGGUUCCCUUGCAGGGCCAGGUGGGGGGUCCUCAAGUGAGUGCAGGUGUGAUGCACACAGUGCUGGCCCCUCACCUCCAGGCAGGAGGUGGAGUUGUCUCUCAAGAAGUAAUUCCCCAGCAGGAAGUUAUUCAGGCCACAGUGGUGUCCUUGCCACAACAGGUGGUCCACCUCACAGCACCACCAGUUGUCUCUAGUACAGCACCAGUGGCAAACCAACAGUUGGUGCACACAUCCUCAGGCACGCAACUGGUGACCUUACCUCCAGGGACACAGAUCAUCAAUACAUCUGAUGGACCACGUCUAGUGGCGAUAGCAACGGGAACACAAGUUGCUGCACCAGUGGCUCCUGUCCCUGCUAGUCACCAGUCUCACCCAGGUCCUUUGCAUGACCCCCAAGGAGUGCCCAGUCCAUUGGUGCAGCAGCAGCAGCCAGCCCCCCAAACACUGCCUGCUUCAGUUGGAACAAAUCAUGUUGCCAUUAAUCAUUCCCCAAUUUUGAGUGAUGGGGGAGCCCCACCAAGUAUAACGAGGUCUUUAGGACUCAGCAGUUCAUAUUCAACACCUUCAAUUUCAAAUACUAUAAGCACUACAAGUCCUCACACUAGUGUGGCUCCUCAUGGCAGUCUUGAAAGUCCUUAUCCUCCAAAUGUCAGUGCUUCAAUUCCUCCUCCUAGUACCUGUAUGGCUCUUGGAGUGCCACCUCCAGCAGCUGGGAUAGGAAUGCCCCCCACUGUGACUGCUAAUGCCAGUACUGUGUCUCUUGUGCUCACACCUGGGGUGAAUACAACCACCACCUCUGGAGUUGGUCUUCUUGUUCCUCAAGAUCCAUCAGUUGCCUCUGGUCAGUUGCAUGUCAACCAGUCAGUAGUUGUGGCUGGAGUUCUACCAACCUCUCAGCACCACCAGCCACAGCAGCAGCAACAUCAACAAGUUCCUCAGACUGGUGCCCACUCAACUUUCCUAGGUCCUGCUCCCAGUCACCAGAUUGGUCCUUCAGGAUAUCCCACUUCUCAGACACCAGCUGAACAGCCAGUGAGCUCAGCUUACAUACCUACAGAGUCUGCUGGUCAAGGUUAUAGCCAUGCAGGCACAACCAUAACCAGUAAUACUAGUCACUAUGGGCAGGUGCAUCCACAGCAACAAAGGCCAGUGGGUGUAGGAUUUCCUCCUGUUGGCAUCAGUAGUGGGGGGGAAGGUGCACCUCCUCCCAGAAUAGAAUAUCAGGGACCAGGAGGCCCUGGGGUUAUACCUGCUCAUCUACAUGUCAAUCAUCUUCAGACACAUCACCAGUCCCAGAAACCUGAUCAGCAGCAUCAGCAGCAGCAACACUUACAUCCUCCAGCAACCUACUAUAACCAACCUAACCACCCAGAGUCGAGACCUGUAUCGCUGGAGCAACAAUGGCAACAGUUCCAGCAACAGGUGAAGGUUGAAGGAGGGCAGCAGCAGUAUGACCCCUACUCGGCAACUGAAGAAGGGGAUCAUCAGGACAAUACUAGGCAGCAGCAGCAGCAGGCAUCACAUUCAAAUCUAUCAAGUGUACAACAACAACCUACUUCACAAGCUCAGCCACAGCAAUCUUCACAGCUGCCUCAACAGCAACCACAACAACAUUUUAAUAAUUUUAGCGAUCAGCAAACUCAGCAACAGUCAGGGAAUAGGGAGAAUGAAGGUAGAGGUCCAAGCAAGGAAGAUGGGAAAUCAUCUGGGAGAGAGAGUCCUCAGAAUUCAUAUGCAUAUUAUUAUGGAGGACAACAAAGCCAUGGUGGUCAGACUCAGCGUGCUGGUCCUCCUUCUCCUGAAAGACAAGAACACCCAGGGCAGCAACCUCCUGAUCAGAGAUAUCAGGGUAGUGGACAGGCAGAUGCUGCACAGACUUCGCCAAAUCAGCAGCAACGGGGAUCUCCUCUGGGACAUAACACACAGGGACCAGCUCAGCCAGGGCAGCCUCAGCAGCCAUAUCACCAAGGACAGUAUCAAGGAGGGCAGUUUGCAGUGGCCGUUCAGCAGCCAGAUCAGAAGCACCAGGAAGGGGGAAGCCAAGAAGAACAGUAUCAAGCAAAUAAAACUGAAAUUCCCUCUUCCACUUACCAGCAAGUAGCCCAUCAGGCAGGGCAGUUUCCUCAAGGCCCACCAAAGGAAGGCUUAGCUAUAAUUAGUGGAUCCUCGGAAACACAUUUUCCCCAGGGGACGCCACAUCAUGGGCCUCCCCAGCAAGGGUCUGCAUCACAAGGGCCUCCCCAGCAGAUACCACCUCAGCAAGGGGCCCCAGCAGAAGCACAGUAUCAGCCAGGACCUCCACCAUUACAGCAACAACAGCAGAGCCAGCAGUAUCAGCCAGGACAGUAUACCCCAGCUGGUCAGUACCCUUGGGCACAAUAUCCACAGCCCACCAGUGGUCCUGGGCCAUAUCCAGGAGGUCCUGGUACCUUUGGGAGCAGUCCUGGACCUGGGCCAUACCCAAGUGGGCCAGGACCUUACAAUGGACCAGGUGGGCCAAGCACAGGUGUUCCCUAUACUACAGCAGGACCAGCUGGCUCCAGCCCAUAUCCAGGAGCAAGUAAUGGGCCGGCAGGACCAAGUCCAUAUCCUGUAGGACCUAGUGCAGCUGGAGGACCCACUUCCUAUGCAGUUGGACCUGGACCUAGUGAGGAUAGGCAACCCAUGUUGCAAGAACCAAAAGCAGACCCAGG